AUGUACAUCAAGCAGAUCAUCAUCCAGGGCUUCAAAUCCUACAAGGAACAGACAGUCAUCGAGCCUUUUUCGCCCAAGACAAACGUAAUUGUUGGUCGCAACGGCUCCGGAAAGAGUAAUUUUUUCGCAGCAAUUCGCUUCGUGCUCAGCGAUGCCUACAGUCAGAUGGGUCGCGAAGAGCGACAGGCGCUUCUGCACGAAGGGUCAGGAUCCGCUGUCAUGUCUGCCUACGUAGAGAUUAUAUUCGACAAUAGCGACGACCGAUUUCCCACAGGAAAGGAGGAGCUCAUUCUCCGACGAACCAUCGGUCUCAAGAAGGACGAAUACUCCCUGGACCGCAAGAAUGCAACCAAGACCGAUGUCAUGAAUCUUCUUGAGUCUGCCGGGUUCUCCCGGUCCAACCCAUACUACAUUGUUCCUCAAGGACGAGUCACAGCAUUGACGAACAUGAAGGAUCCAGAACGACUGAACCUGUUGAAGGAGGUCGCCGGCACUCAGGUCUACGAAGCUCGCCGGACGGAAUCUCUAAAAAUUAUGACCGAGACCAGCAAUAAGCGGGGCAAGAUUGACGAAUCUCUCGAUUACAUCAAGGAACGUUUGGCAGAGCUGGAAGAGGAGAAGGAGGAGCUACGUGGCUAUCAAGAGAAAGACCGGGAUCGACGCUGUCUCGAGUAUGCAUUCUAUCAGCGCGAGCAGAAUGCUUUGACCGCCGCCCUGGAUGAGAUCGAGGAAUUGCGACAACAUGGCCUUGACGGCUCGGAUGGCAACCGCGAAGAAUUUAUAGAAGGAGAAAAGGCGGUGUUGCAACUUGAAAAUGAAAUCAAGAAACUCACUCGACAAAUGGAGCUCCUCAAGCUCGAGCGGCGUCAACUAGAAGAGGAUAGGCGAGAAACCUCAAAGUCACAGGCCAAGGCUGAGAUGACGGUCAAAACUCUGACCGACGGACUUUCGGCUACGGAGCAAGCUAGAACUAAGCAACAGCAGGAACUGAAGUCGGUCAAGCAAGAAAUAAAAUCGAAAGAAGACGAACUUGCCAAACUACUUCCCGACUACACUAAGAGAAAGGCCAAGGAGACCGAAGUCAAGAACAACUUGGAUGUUGCAGAAGCCUCGAGAACGCGUCUUUACAAUAAGCAAGGCCGGGCUGCUCGUUUCAAGAACAAAGCAGAACGCGAUUCGUGGUUGAACGCGGAGAUUGAAACACUCAGCACUGCCCUGGGUGAGCAAAAGGCCAAUCGCAUCAAUGCUGCCGAGGAAGUCAAGGCCGUCCAAAGUGAAAUUCAGAACGUGGAAGGGGGCAUUGCUGGCCUUCGCAAGCGUUUUGAAGGCUGGGGAGAGAGUAGGCAAGCCUUGUACGAGGAAGUUACAACCGCCAAAGACAGUCUCGAGAAGCUGCAGGACGAGCGCAAGAUUCUUAGACGUGAGGAUGAUAAGCUCACGUCACUGGUCCAGGAUGCUCGUCAGGAGAGAGAUCGCGCUGAGAAGGACCUUUCCAACACCAUGGAUGGUGCUACGUCACGAGGUCUUGCGGCCGUUCGUCGCCUUAAGAGAGAGCAUAAUGUCUAUGGUGCCUACGGAACUGUCGCAGAACUCCUAAAUGUUCCCGAGAACUACCGUACCGCUACAGAGCAAGCAGCAGGCGCGAGUCUUUUCCACUAUGUCGUCGACAAUGAGGAGACAGCUACUUUCUUUGUCGACUCCCUCUAUCAGCAAAGAGCGGGGAGAGUAACGUUCAUACCCAUGAACAGGCUCAGACUAAAAAGCAACAAGCUGCCAAAUGCAUCUGAUGCCAUAGCUCUAAUAGACAAACUCGAUUUUGAGCCGGAGUAUAGGAGGGCAAUGGACCAUGUCUUCGGCAAGGUUGUCGUUUGUCCUAACCUUACUAUUGCGGCACAAUACGCCAGAAGUCAUCAAUGCAAUGCCAUUACUCCCGAUGGCGACACGGCAAAUAGGAAAGGAGCCAUGACUGGCGGCUACAUCGAUCCACGCAAGUCACGACUCCAAGCUGUCCGGGCAGUGAACAAAUGGCGUGAUGAGUAUGAAGCGCUGUUAGCCCGCCUUGAGGAACUUCGGAAAGAAAGUGAAAGCAAGGAUAAUCAAAUCAAUCGGGCUUUGGGAGUUCUGCACAAGCUCCAGCAACAAUUGAGCCGAAUGGACGACAGCUUCGACCCAUUGCAGAAGGAGUUGAGAACCAGUAACUUGCAGCUGGACAAGCUGAGAUAUUCUCUUGAGGCCAAUAUUCGCCAAAAAGAAGUUGUUGAUCAAAUGAUCAGAGACCACGGCGAUACGCUCAGCGCUCUUGAGGCUGAUUUGGCUUCUCCAUUCAAAAAAGCCUUGACUUCGGAUGAGGAGCGUCAGCUGGAAUCGCUCAACACAACUGUUCAGGAUCUGCAAAGAGAAUGGAAUGAACUGAGCAAGAGCCGUCGAGAACUGGAAAGUCGUAAACAGCUUCUGGAAGUUGACUUGAGGGAAAAUCUCCGGUUACAGCUGGACCAACUGAACACCCAGGAAAUCGAUGCAACAGCCGGCGGUGGAUCGGGAAGUCUCAAGGAGGCCCAGCGUGAAUUGAAGCGAGUACAGAAGGCUGCAGCUGCCGUGGAAGUCAAGCUCCAGGAAACUGAGGCGCAGAUUGAGGAGGCUGAAAACAACAUUUCGAGCCUUCGCAAAGAGAAGGCCCAGGCAGAAGAGCAACUGGAAGAAACUGCCAAAGCGAUCGAGAAAUUUCAGAAAAAGAUGGAGAAGAGCGUUGCGAGGAAGGCGUUGUUAACCUCAUCCGCUGCUGAGUGUGCCAAGAAUAUACGUGACCUGGGUGUUCUUCCAGACGAGGCAUUUGAGAAGUAUUCCGACAAGGAAUCAAAAUAUAUCACCGCCAAGCUCAAGAAAGUCAACGAUGCUCUCAAGAAAUACAAGGGUGUCAACAAGAAGGCUUUCGAACAAUACAAUAGCUUCACCAACCAACGAGAGGGCUUGAUCAAGCGGAGAAAGGAGCUCGACGAUGGCCUGAAGUCGAUUCAAGAUCUUGUCGAAGUGCUCGAUCAACGGAAGGACGAAGCCAUCGAGCGAACCUUCAAGCAAGUAUCCAAAGAAUUCGCCCAGAUCUUCGAGCGUCUUGUUCCUGCUGGCCGGGGUCGUCUAGUCAUUCAGCGUAAGACUGAUCAACGGGCUCCCGCCAACGAAGACUCAGAAGACGAGCCUCGUGGCGAAGGCGUGGAGAACUACACUGGUGUCGGCAUCAGUGUGUCCUUCAACAGCAAGCAUGACGAGCAGCAGCGAAUCCAACAGUUGAGCGGUGGUCAAAAGAGCUUGUGCGCCCUAGCUCUCGUCUUCGCUAUCCAACAGUGCGAUCCCGCCCCCUUCUACCUCUUCGAUGAAAUUGACGCCAACCUCGACGCCCAGUACCGCACGGCAGUCGCGCAAAUGCUCGAGGAUGUUUCCGAGCAGCAGAGCUCUCAAAAUGCGGAUAAUGGCUCGGGCGGCAUGAGCGGACAGUUCAUCUGCACUACUUUUAGACCGGAGAUGCUGCUUGUGGCUAAUAAGUGCUAUGGUGUCACGUUCCAUAACAAGACUAGCGGUAUUGGUGCUGUGAGUCGGGAGGAGGCGCUGAAAUUUGUAGAUGGGGAGGCGCCGAAGUAA